UAGAGAGGUCCACUCGCAAUUUCACAACUGACAAGCUACACUAGUGCUCCUGUUAUUCACAGAUUCUGUGACCAUGGCAAAACAAGGAUUGGUAGAACGUUUAAAGAAUGGUGAAAAAAUCCUAAUAGCGGAAGGAUAUAUGUGGGAGUUGGAGAGAAGAGGAUAUCUGACCGCUGGAGGAUUUAUUCCAGAAGUAGUUCUUGACAACCCUGAAAUAGUGCGUGCCCUUCACCAAGAAUUCGUCCACGCUGGCACUGAUGUUAUAGAAGCAUUUACGUACUAUGGACAUCGUGAAAAACUGCGUCUGAUUGGUCGAGAAGAUGACCUCGAGAAGUUAAACAGAGAGGCACUGCAGAUAGCAAAGGAAGUAGCGUCAGACAAUGGUAAACUACUGGCUGGAGGUAUCUGUAACACUGGGGUGUACAAUCCAGAGGACGAGGCCACAUUUGCCACUGUCACCUCAAUGUUCAAAGAGCAAAUAGAGUGGGCAGUAGAGUAUGGUGUAGACUUUAUAAUAGGUGAAACCUUCAAUGAUUUGGGGGAAGCCAUGCUUGCUUUAAAGGCCAUUCAGAACUAUGGGAAAGGAGUUCCUGCGGUUAUUACACUGACUGCGUACUUCCCCGAUACCACGACAGAUGACGUUCCUAUUCCGGAGGCGUGCCGCCGUCUGGAGGAAGCGGGGGCCGCGGUGGUGGGUCUGAACUGUGGGAGGGGCCCUAGCACCAUGAUACCACUCGUCAAGGAGAUCAAAAAAGUUUGCAAGGGACCUGUAGCUAUGUUACCUGUGACUUUCCGCUGUAGAGAUAACUGUCGCACAUUCCAGUCCCUCAAAGAUCCAGAAACUGGAAAACCAUUAUAUCCAUUUGAACUUGAGGCAGCCAGAUGCAGUAGAUCAGACAUAAGGUCCUGGGCGGAGGAGGCCAAAGAAGCUGGGGUGGAGUACGUAGGUCUCUGUUGUGGGAACGCCUCGUUUUACUUCCGGGAACUCGCAGAGGCUUAUGGGAGAAAACCACCAACUUCUAAAUAUGCCCCUAAUUUGAAUCUUAGCCAUAUCUUCGGUAAGCCAAGUAAGGAUGAUAGGUUCAAACGUUCCACGAAAAUCAGGGAAUUCAUGAUUGGUAAGGAGAACGCUUGAGGUGGGAAAUUGCAAAGAAUGUGCUGCGGAUUUAUCUUUCUUUGUUUCCGUUCAGAUUGAUACAUGGAUUGGAAGUGAUGUUAUUUACCUCUAUAAUAUAGUUUGGUAAGCUUUGUGGUGACAACGAAAUAUGAGACACUAUAAUCAUAGAGCAAUUAGAAUGACAUUUGUCUUAUAAAGAUAUAUUCUAGUCUUAUGAGAAUAAAAAAUAAAAUUAC